AAAAGACAGUCACCGAGAUCGAAUAAAAAGAAGUUGGUCCCCGCGCGCCGCCGGUCCCGGGGCCCCCGGCGGCCUCCAGUGGCCGCGGGCGCCGGCGGCGGCGGCGUCCCCCGCCCCCAACCCCGCGCGCAAGUGCAAGGCUGCCCGCCGCGCGGCGCACGCUCCGCGGCUCCCGGCUUCCGCGCAAAACUUCGAGCCUGUCCACGUGAAGUUGUCGCUCCCGUUCAGAGGGGCAAAGAGCUUUGGGAAAAGCUGGGCAGUGGCGACGGCGGUGGCUAGGCACAGCGCGAAGGGGAAACUCCGACACUGGAAAGAACGAGAGUAAAUACCUAAAUACAGACGCACGGAUCCGCGGCUGGGACAGACACUUGAACUUCGGAUCCCGAGGCGGUCCGGGCUGCGGGAGAUAGUCCAGUUUUAACUGAAGGACGCUGCUUCUGUUUGGGGGUGGCCGGAGACGUGAGAAAACCACAUGGAAGAAUCCCAGGACUUAAAUGAGCAAUCAGUAAAGAAAACGUGCACAGAAUCAGAUGCUUCAGAACCUCAGAAUUCCAGGUCUAUGGAAAUGCAGGACCUAGCAAGUCCUCAUCCUCUUGUCGGAAGUGGUGAUACUCCUGGUAGCUCCAAACUGGAGAAGGCUAAUCUCAGCAGCACAUCGGUCACCACAAAUGGGACAGGAGUGUCUCUCCUUGCAGUCAAAACAGAGCCUUUGAACAGCAGUGAAGCGGCCACCACCUCUGGAGAUGGAGCCCUUGACACUUUUACUGGGUCAGUAAUAACUAGUAGUGGCUACAGCCCCAGAUCAGCGCAUCAAUACUCCCCACAGCUAUAUCCUUCCAAGCCCUAUCCACACAUUCUUUCUACACCAGCAGCUCAAACAAUGACUGCCUAUGCAGGCCAGACUCAGUAUUCGGGGAUGCAGCAGCCAGCCGUCUACACAGCCUACUCACAGACAGGACAGCCCUACAGCCUGCCCACUUACGAUCUGGGCGUGAUGUUGCCAGGGAUCAAGACAGAGAGUGGACUUUCACAGACUCAGUCCCCGUUACAGAGUGGGUGCCUCAGUUACAGUCCGGGGUUUUCUACCCCCCAGCCAGGCCAGACGCCUUAUUCUUACCAGAUGCCAGGUUCUAGUUUUGCCCCAUCAUCCACUAUUUAUGCAAAUAACUCAGUUUCCAAUUCAACGAACUUCAGUGGUUCACAACAGGAUUAUCCAUCCUACACAGCCUUUGGCCAAAACCAGUAUGCACAGUAUUACUCAGCAUCAACGUAUGGAGCAUAUAUGACAUCAAAUAACACAGCUGAUGGCACAUCAUCUUCGACCUCAACCUAUCAGUUGCAGGAAUCUCUUCCGGGACUGACUAGCCAACCAGGUACAGAUCUUCAUCCAGGAGAGUUUGAUACUGUGCAGAGCCCCUCCACACCUAUCAAAGACCUCGAUGAGAGAACUUGCAGGAGUUCUGGGUCAAAGUCCCGAGGAAGAGGCCGGAAAAAUAAUCCCUCCCCACCUCCUGACAGUGACCUAGAGCGUGUAUUUGUCUGGGACUUGGACGAAACCAUCAUCGUUUUCCACUCACUGCUCACAGGGUCUUAUGCUCAGAAGUAUGGCAAGGAUCCCCCCAUGGCUGUAACUCUUGGACUCCGAAUGGAGGAAAUGAUUUUUAAUCUCGCUGAUACACAUUUAUUUUUUAAUGAUUUAGAGGAGUGUGAUCAAGUUCACAUAGAUGAUGUUUCCUCUGAUGAUAAUGGGCAAGACUUAAGUACCUACAGUUUUGCAACUGAUGGCUUCCAUGCAGCUGCAAGUAGUGCAAACCUUUGUUUGCCAACAGGUGUAAGAGGAGGGGUUGACUGGAUGAGGAAGUUGGCUUUUCGUUACAGAAGAGUAAAAGAAUUAUACAACACCUACAAGAACAAUGUUGGAGGACUCCUUGGCCCUGCCAAGAGAGACGCAUGGUUGCAGUUGAGGGCAGAGAUUGAAGGUCUGACAGACUCCUGGCUAACAAAUGCACUUAAAUCAUUAUCGAUUAUUAGUACUAGGAGUAACUGCGUAAAUGUCUUGGUAACGACAACCCAACUGAUCCCAGCUCUCGCGAAGGUUCUACUCUAUAGUUUAGGAGGUGCUUUCCCCAUUGAGAAUAUUUACAGUGCAACUAAAAUAGGCAAGGAAAGCUGUUUUGAGCGUAUAGUGUCCAGGUUUGGCACUAACAUAACUUAUGUUGUGAUUGGAGAUGGCCGAGACGAAGAACAUGCCGCUAACCAGGAAUGUUAUAUGCCUUUGAAAAUGAAAAUGUAUAGAGUCUACACCGUUUGCCCGUGGUGUGAAAAACAGGAUGUGACCCAACAGUUGUCCUCCCCUCUGCUUUACACCCGAAACUUCAGGGGAAAAAGGCCUGACUCCAAGUGGAUGAGAACCUGGGUUAGAAUGCUACUUCCAAAUGGUUGUUUAUGUAGGUGCAGUUUUGGUGGUGGUGAAGGCUUACAGCUCUGUUUUGAAACACAGGUGGCUGGUUCCUCUAGUAUCCAGGAUGCAUGCUUUUCUUUGGAUGUGGCUGUUACCGCAUGCGCAGAAAUACAAAGUACUAAGUACUAUGUCGUUACUAUAAAUAGAUCUGAGCUGAAUGGAAAAACAAAAUGUUACUUUACGUGAAUAGCUGUGCUUUCAUUGGACCUAGAAACAUGCUUUGUUUUGCAAAUUUUAGCAGAAAGUUGAAAGUUUAAGAACGUAUAACCGCACUCCCCCAUAGGAAUAUAUAAUGUGAGCCAUUAUUGUACUUUUCAGUUUUCUGGAAGCUGCAUUUAAAAAAAAAGAAAAGUAAAAAGAGACAGGUAGAAUUAAUUUUAGUAAUAUACUUUAGCCCACUAUGCGUAAAAUAUUACUGACUCGACACCUAACAAAUGUAAUAAUUACUAAUGUGAUGUUUGUAUUCUAAGUCUUUGAAAUUCAGUAUGCGUUUUGGACAGGACUUGCCAUAUUUCAAGUGCUCACUAGACACAUGGGGUUGGUGGCUACCAUAUUGGACAGCAAAGAAUUAUAACAAUGGCGAUUAUUAGUUGAAUGUUUAACUUUUAUACUAAAAUAUUUCCCCUGUUUUAUAAAUAUGGAUAUAUUUAUUUCCAUUGUAUAUAUAGAUACAUAUUCCAUGCAUAUAUAUUCUAUAAGGUGCCAUCAGCCCAAAAUUACGUAAUGCUUGACUUUGUUAAUUGCUAUAGUGCAUUAUUUCUUUGUUUUCAUUAUUGUCCAUAAUGGAGAAGUUUUCAACAUUUUUUUUUCUAAUCACAUUUUGUCAUGAAAUUUACCACACAUAUACCGUAUCCUGGUAUAUCUUUGGAGAGCCACAAACCAUUGUAAUGUCUAAGCAUAUUUUUCCCCACAAGAGCCCAUUAUUGUUCCUUCGGGUACAUAUCGCUCCUAUUGUGAAUGGAUGCCGGAGUGCGAAAUUUCUCUCAGUCCCACACCAUGAAGUAAGUUAAGUCAAUGCUACCGGCUUAAGUUAUUACUUACCCGAGACAAGGAAGAAGACUGAUUAUCCCUGCAUUGUUUUCUACCUUACGUAGUCCAGCUUCAAAUUAUUUUUUACAUACAAAAGAAUUCACCCUCUUCCUCUCAAAUAGAUAAAAAGCCUGGGACUCAGGAAGUGUGUCAUUGUCAAAAUUUUGUUUCUAACCGAGAGGGGAACCCUAAGGAGUGUUGUGGUUAAAAAUCGCGUCCCCUCAGCCAGGGAGGAUUUUGAUGCUCAGCUUGCACCUCCAGAUGCUAAUCUUGGUAAUGAUACGUUCCAGAAUAAAUACUAAACCACUUCAGAAAUUUCAGUAUUUGCUUUUAUAAAUAUUCAAAUCCAGUUCAGAUCUAUUUCUCUCUUAUUUGAAGACAGUAUGAUACUGAUGUUACCAAGCCUUCAAAUACAAUCAUGCCUCCCUUGAAUGUGGGUGAACCACACGUUUCUGUGUCUACUGUUGCUUCGUUGAGACAAUAGUUACGAUUUCUCUCCAUUCCUUCCCCUUCUCUCCCCCGUACCUCCCUCUGUCAACACACAGCACAACAUGCCCUUUUGGAGGAUUUCAAGUCACUCAGACCUCUUGGCUCUACAUCAAGCACUGGAAUUAGAGUAUUUGUAACUGUGUUCUCUAGCUGGAGAUCCAUUUUUUUUUAUAUAUAUAUAUUUCAAGUACACUGAAUUUUUAUGUGUGAUUCAAUGCCUCUGGCUUUUACACAUAUAAAUUGUCUUAAAGGAUGAAAUCAUAUUUGGAAUGACAGUUCCAGAAUGAAGAAUUCAGAUUGCUGAAUGGAAGUUAAACUUUAGUGCUACAGAAAGGAAGCUCUAUGGUCUUAUAUUUACAACACUUUAAUGUUUAAAAAAAAAAAAAAUCUGUGGAGGUUGCUGGUACACACCGAACAAGCCCUAACUGGAAUUAACAGCUUUAGCAAAGAACUCUUACCCUGGCAAAGUACCAACACGUGCUCCGUCCGACAAGGUGGUGCUCAACAACAUUCCUCAAAAUGGGAGAUCUUCUCAGCCCUGAGGUUUGAAUCUGACUUUAGCCUACCUAGCCCAGAAAAUCUGAAUUGGAAUGCACUCAGACUGUAUAAGGACAAUCCUAUCUAGACCUGUAAUUUGUGUAAAUUAUUGAUGAAAAUAAUUUACUGUGACUUUAUUAGCAGCUGACUUUGAAAGUGGAUGCAAUUUUUCUUUCAUUUGUUGGGGGGGGGGGAAGGGGGGAAGCGGGGGGUGGAAAUGGGAGUCUGAAAUGUCUCUUUUUUAAGUUUGGCAAACAGAAUGUUCAUACUGAUGUGUUGUGCCUUAAAGACAAGACAGCGUUUGUGUGUUACAAUGUAACUUUGGUUAAAAUCUGUAGAUAAUGAAAAAAAAAAAAAACCUUUGUGAUCAUUCUUAAGAUGACCAAAUUUAAAAUUCAAGCUAUCAAAAGCUUAAUACUGCAUCAGCAAGAAACUGAGUAUUUGUUGCAAUAAGAAAACAAUGAUAAUAAAAGAAAGCUUGUGUUUUAUUUGGGUUCUUAAUAAUUCCAAUAAUUAUAUGAGGCAACUACUUGUGCAUCCAACCGUAAGCAGAAGGUUUGAGAAAGACUGUGGGACCUUUACUUAGAAAGUGAAAAAUGUAUGUUGAAGUCUCGAGUACCCUUUCUACAGUUCUCCUGGAGAAAACUAAGAGCCAUAUUCAUGACUACUUAACAUUAUUUUGAGUUUGACCUUCCGAUAUGUGUAAGUCGUGUAGAGGAAAAUAGUCUCAUUAAAAUCAUAAGCAAAUAGUACCCAAACUUUCUUAGGAGAAGGCGUGAACAUGGCUUAGAAUUCACGUCGAGCGAACUAUGGCUUGACGUCAAGCUAAGUGCAUUCAUUCCUGAUGCCGUGGCAAAAACGAAAGGUCUUCCGUGGCGGAAGGCGAAUGCCCAGAUGGUUUCUAAAGGAAGGAGUGAAUCGAUGAAAAUUUUACCUAGAAUAUCAUCAUAAAAUAAAUUGGCAAGUGAGCCAGAUCUUGGGAGCAAGACCGAAAUUGCAGCAGUGAAAUAGUAUCUGGUUCUCUGUCUUAAUGCGUCAGUCCAGUUUCUCUCCCUGAGAGACCCCUGCACCUUCAUUUCUGCCUGCACUGUUUCUGCACAAUGACCUGCAUUCACUGCAAGGAGAACCUGUCAUCGUCGUGUGUGCAUGUGUUUUUUUUUUUUUUUCGUGGUGUGUAGCCCACGUUAGGAACACGAUACGGGUUCUCCUGUCAUUUCGUAUGACAUGAUUUCCCUUGUGGAAAUUUAAGACUUCAAGAUCUAGGAAUGUUUGAAUGGGGUGUGCACCUGCAGUUCUGUGUUUAAAAUGUCAUAAUGUGGAACCAGGAGUCCAGUCCGUAGGCAGCGCCCCUAACCAGAGGCUGGUCCGUGAUCACUUCGGUGGCUCCCAGAGAUCAGUGCUUUGCACACUGAUCGCAGCAUUCACUAUGGAAAUGUGGUUUCAUUUUGCAGGCUAUAAACCCGUAUUUCUUUACUGAAUGCCGAGGCCAUACUUCCAUCGGGCAGAAAGAGCUUGAGAUCCAAUGUUGCAGAUUGUAAGGCUGUGAUUUCAUCAUGCGAACCUUCAACAUAUCUUUAAAUUUUGUAACUUUUGGCUCUCUCUGCCCCAGGUACUGGUGCAGAUAAAGUAAGGUUGCAAGACUUUUAAUAAUAAUGAUAAUGAUAAUAAUACUAAUAAUAAUCUUACAUUUAUAUUGGCCUUUAGCUUGAAAAUAGCAGUUUAAAAAAAUCAAAGAGCUGCACUGGCUAUCAAUAAUUAUGUUUUGUGCACUAAAACUUUAAAUAUUUAUUACUGUGAAUAAAACGAAAUUAUCUUUAUCGCCAGUUUCUUUAAAUGAUAGAAUUGCGGCAUUAUACCUAGAUUUUUCAUUCUUUUUCCAUAUCAAACAAGCAAGGCUUCUAAUGCUGCUAAACCAGCAGGUACAGAGAGGAAUACCCCUUCACAGGGCAAAGGGAGGGUCACCAAUUACAUCACCUAGUGCUGUUCCCCACACACAUCUUCUCCCCUGAUAGUGUGUUCAGAAGAGAGUGCAAGCAUAAAACCUAGAAGCUAGGUUGACAGAGAACAGUUUGGCACAAUAAUGGCACAAGCCAACGUGGCCGAGCUCGCAGCGUGUCGUGCAACUUUGAGCAUGCUCAGUCUAGAACUCUGCCCUUCCUAUGCUAGGAGCAGAAGAUCCUCUAGCUUUCUGAUCUACAAAAACAAACAAACAAAAAUAAGCCAACAAGCAAACAAGAAGGACAACUCCUUUUGGAAAUGCCCACUUUCUGUUGACAUGGACUAUUGUGCCUUACUGUAAACCAAUUUGAAAAGUAAUUUGGUCACUGAAAGGAAUUUUCGGCUACUACGUGUACACAAGUUGGUUUAUCACCAGGGAAGGUAACCACCUUGGGUUGCACCUGAAAAAUAGAAAAGCAGGUGGCCUGACUAUAGUAAUAUAGCGUACAAGAUUAAGUCACUACACCCCUAUGAAAGUUUGUAAGUCAAAUUCCGAGGCAAAAAGUAGAUUUUAGAACCAUGCAUUUGGCGCGCGAAAAGUAGAUAACCCUCUAAACGUGCUUUUUUUUUUUUUUUCUUAGUCUCUGGUGAGCUAAGAUUCAAAAUAGCGUGAAGAGCAUGCUCCAGUCUGAAGUUGCUGGGUUUUGUUUUGUCUUUGUUCUUUUAAGCAAAUUUGUCUGUGAUGAGCCUACCUUCUCAGUGAAUAUGGCCUUCAGUGUUUCCUUCAGAAACAAAUUGAAGCAUCACGCACCAAAGUUGCAUCUUGACUCGCAACUAUGGUGGCAUUUUUGGAAAUCUCACAGUCCAGCUCAAGGGUUUCUGUUAUGUAUUAGUAAAGUAUAGAUUAUCGGGGCCUACAUAAUUUAAAGAAAUGUAAAUUAAUAUUAAAAGCCUGUAAAAAUAUGUACAUCUUUACUAUGUCUCAAUAAAUACCUUUGGAAACGUU